AUGCUCGCAGUACAGGCCGAUCGAGUGUGCCCAGGCGACCGCUCGUCGCACUUCAGCAAGCAGUCGCUGCGAGACUCGGCCCGAUAUGAUCACGCUGCGCCCGAGCAGGUCGGGAUGAGCGGCCCGCAGGCAACCGCUCAGGAUGCAAGCGAUUUGCGCAGUCGGAUCGGCAUGCGCAGUCGGCGUGGCGACCUUGACCUCGCCGCAAGGCAUGACGGCGGCCAGCGGCACAGUCUGGCGCAACGCCACGGCCUCCGCCAAUCACACACCGCCCUGUGCCGAACACUGGGGCGCGGCUCCGCGCCGUCGCUCCUUCCCCGCCUGGCCUGCGCCGACUGCAGCACCACCUUCUCCUCCAGCACCGAGUUCUGCGGCUGGGGUUCCCCGGCCUCAGGUCGCUAUGCCUCCAAGCUCCUACGUCGCAAGCGUGUUUCUUCCUCGCGUCUGCAGAGCUGGCAGUCAAUGCUGCCCCGCAAGCUGGCAUCCUGGUUCACCCGGGCCUGGAACGCGUUGCAGGACAUGUCGUCUUUGGCAGACUUCUUCUUUGGUAUGUGA